UGACAUAUUACAGUUGACCUAAGCCUGAAAACGUUACUACAGCUCAAAAGAACAUUUGCUUUAUAUUCCUUUGCUCAGCGAGAUCUCACUUCUGAAGAAUUUCAACCUAUAAGGAAUUGCUACAUUUAUUUGAACGAUGUUACGGCGAUGGUUCACUUGGAUUUGUUUUGUUCAGGAGGUCCACAACAUCUUAUCAGGUGAUCCGCCUCUCAUUACGGAUUUCCAGUAUGAUAAUUUAGACCAGCCUGGAGAUGUCUUGUCAGGGUUCAACCUUCCUUGCAAAGCAUCCGGUACCAGUCCCUUGGAGUACAAAUGGCAACAUAAUGGCCAGGACAUUAAAUACGGGGAGCAGUAUCGAUUGCUGAAGUCCGGAACCUUAGAAGGGACAUUGCUCAGUUCCAAGAAUAAUGGGGACUACCAAUGUUUCGUGAAAAACGAUUUUGGAGAGGAUUUCAGUAGAAAGCUAAAGGUUGUUGUUUCGGUUGCAGGAGACUUUAUAUACGCAAAUGACAAAAUCGCUCCAGUCACUCUAGGAAUGCCCGUUGAAAUACCGUGUCCGAAGCACGAACCGAGCUUCGGUGUCACGUAUCGGUGGGGCGGGUACAAUUCUGCCGGGGAUCCCAGCUCAUUUCGUCCUCUUCUCGAAAACGAACGCGUGGCAGUCACGUUAGAUGGGACACUUGUGAUUAUGUUUCUGACAAAACAGGAUGUUUUCAAAGUGAAUUUAAUGGGAGGAAUACUGUGCGAGAUGGUUUUAGGCUCAGGGAAAAAGCAUUCUCACAAAGUCAGUUUCAAGCAGCAGGGAAACGAAUUCACGGGAUUCACGGCACCAUCGAUUUACUUCUCACCGAAGCCACAAGAAGAAGCUAGAGAAGGAUAUCAGAAGAAGCUGUAUUGUCUCGGUGUGGCAAAGCCCACACCGUACAUAAUAUGGAGAAAAGAUGGAGAAAAGAUUGUAGAUGGAGAGGACGGCUAUUACCUCCCAGCAGACCAUCAUAACAGGCUACUGAUUAUCAAGGAUGUGACACAGGAACACCAAGGAAAUUACACUUGUACAGCUCACCCAACCUCUGGAAUCUUCGAUCAGGCCUCAGCGUCGACAUAUCUAACCGUAAAAGCUUCACCCGAAUGGGAGGUGGAAUUGCCAUCGAAUACCUCAGCAGCGAGAUCACAAACAACCUCACUGAGGUGCGUUGCGAGCGGUACACCACCCUUGCUCUACCGGUGGUUUAGAAAUGGAUGGAAAAUUGAUGAUUCAGACUCAAGAGUAAAAUUACAGAAGAACAUUCUCAAGCUAGUAAAUGUGGAUAGCUGGCAUGAGGCUGUGUUCCAGUGUGUGGCUGAAAAUAAUCAGGGAAUGAGCGUGACUUCUACUAGAGUUCAUGUUGAAGACUCACCCACUAAUGUGGGUCCAAGUUCACGGAGAGAAGAAGAUUCAGACGAGUUGUUGUGGAUUAUUUUGUCGGCUGUGCUUGGUGUUCUUUUAAUUGUUGCAAUUAUUGUUGUCAUCGUUUGUUAUAAGCGACUUAAAAAGUCGAGAAGGGAUCAAGAGACCAGUGAGGAAACUUAUACUGAUAUCUCGGAAGACACCCAAGGUAAUCCAUCACAACCUCGCACGGCUCCCUCAGGGGCCAAGGGAGUAAAGGGGCUAAGGAGACAUCCCACUCUCCCACCCAUCCCCCAGUACCAAACCCUGGACCCGUCCACAGCAGGAGUCGCUAAUUACGAACCGCUUGAUGCCGAGCAGGACCUCAACGAAAGCGGGCAGUACGAGAAGUUAGAUUUUAGGUCCUUGGACAAUCGCCCCGAUUAUGAUAACCCGGGAAAGCCCAUUCCAGAAUAUCUCGAGCUUGUUAAUGACACGAAUGUGCCACCAGGCAAUACGGCGUCGACUAUGACGACAGGAAGGCCGGGAAAAGAAUAUUACCAACCAAUGGAAGGUGGCUUGGGCAAUGACGUGUUUAACGAUAGCAAUUUCGUGCCAAAAUAUUACGUUCCAAUGGAGAUGGAGGGGUCGAAAACAAAAACACCAAACCAACCUGGGCCUUUAUCACCCAAGUACUACGAACCGGUGGCAGGAGAACCUAAGUCAGCUCCGGAAAUAAAAGGUGCGACUUCUUCAGCGGAAUAUUAUCAACCCAUGGCGGAUAAAGCAGGAGAAAAGCAGCAAGGAGAGAACAGCUUUUCUUCUCCUGAGUAUUAUGUUCCUAUGGCUGAAAAUAACCUGUGUAAACCAGCUGUACAGACGAACAACACACAGGUCGAGUGUAGCGAGGGUACAAAAGACAACAGCGAGUCAAGCAGGUUAUGAAGAUUUGCGUCAGCCAAGAUUCUUUUAAAGUUACUUUGAGUGAUAUCUUUAGUUUUGUAUACCAUAUGAAAAUAUGUGCACAUUUUCCGUGCUUUUUAAAUACUCAAUAUGAGCUAAUGUGCUUUAAUCAUGCUCCAAACGACCCUUAACUAGUUAACGUUCACUAACUCAAAAGGGCUAACGGUAGCGAUUGGAGAUGCUGCCAAAUAGACAUGGUAUAAUGCUAACAAAGUUAAAUGAUCCCAAUCUAAAUAGCCACUUCUUAAUUAAGCUAAUGAUUUCAUUGACAUCGCUUUUGCCCUUCAAAGUCUGUAAGAAGUCAUUCUCAUGAAAGCUGCUGAGCAGUA